AUGUCUCCAAGCGGGCUCCGCGCCGACAUCUUCGCUGUCGACGGGCGGGACGACCCGUCCCCCCCGUUGGUGAUAUCCGUUCUCGCUUCCCUGCUGGAGAGGGCCAUCGUCAGGGGCGAAAGGAGAGGGAGCCGCGAGGGGGAGGUAGAGAUGAGCACCCAAAAGGCUUCGAGGAUCAGCGCCUUCGACUGCGAUCUGGUUCUGGACAUGAGCAUCCAGUCCUUCCUCGAGAGGAUCUUCCGCUACACCGGCGCCGCCCCGUCGGUCUAUGUCGUCGCCUACGUGUACAUCGAUCGGCUGUGCCAGCGGAGCCCUGGACUCCGCGUCUCACGGCGGAACGCCCACCGGCUCCUCGUCGCCGGCAUCAUGGUGGCUUCCAAGUUCGUUGAGGACAGGUAGAAAUCCCGCCGCCAGCCUUCCUGCCCGUCAAUCGUCGGCAGAGUUUUGACCACUCGUCGCCGGUGAACGCAGGAACUACGGGAACAGCUACUUCGCGAGGGUGGGGGGACUGCCCCUCAGUGAACUGAACAGAUUGGAGGUGAACCUGCUCUUCUUAAUGGGCUUCAGGCUUCACGUCAGCCUGAGCGUCUUCGAGAGCUACUGCCGGCAUCUGGAGAGGGAGGUCAGCCUCGGCGGAGGGUAUCAGAUCGAGAGGACCCUGCGGUUCGUGUGCGGCGGUGAGGCGACGGCUAGGGAGAGGGGACGAACAGAGGUCGACCAGGCAGCCGGCGUGCUCUGA